AUAACGACGUUUAAAGUUUCUUUUUGGUUAAAUUAGGCUAUAGAUUUUAAUAAGACUGUUAAGAAAAUACUACAUUUACGCUAAUCAAUUUAUAAUAUUAUGGAAAUGUCUUUCGGUCUUUAAAAUUAAGAUUUAAUAUACAGAAAAAUGAUUAAUCAAAUAAUAGUGCUUCUUACUACAUUUAAAUUGUUUUUCAUACCUUUAUAUCAUUCAACAGACUUUGAAGUUCAUCGAAACUGGUUAGCCAUAACUCAUAAUCUAACAAUAGACCAGUGGUAUUACGAGUCUACAUCAGAAUGGACAUUAGAUUAUCCUCCAUUCUUUGCCUGGCUGGAGUAUGGACUUUCCCAUAUAGCGAAAUUAUUGGAUCCAGAAAUUGUAAAACUACAAAAUUUAAACUAUGAAUCACAAAUGACUAUAAUAUUCCAACGUUUGUCUGUAAUCAUUCUAGAUUGUUUUUAUUUAUAUAGUGCAAAAUGCUGUUCAGACUUGAUAACCAAUGGGAGGUUAUUGGUGUUUAUAUUGUUGGUAGCAAAUCCUGGAUUAUUGAUGGUUGAUCAUAUACAUUUUCAAUAUAAUGGAUUUUUAUAUGCAUUUCUUCUUUUUUCUAUUUUCAGUAUGAUUAAGGGAAAAUAUUUAUGGGCUGCUUUUUGGUUUUCUGUUCUACUAAACUUAAAGCAUAUAUUCUUAUACAUAGCUCCAGUGUAUGUAGUUUAUUUGUUGAGAGCAUACUGUUUCACUGUAGCGUCCACAGAUGGCGUGCAUACUGCAUGGUAUUCAUUUUCUUCAAGGAAUUUGUUGAAGUUGGCAUUUAUUGUGAUAACAGUUUUUACUAUAUCCUUUGGACCUUUUAUCCACCAUAUACCUCAGAUUUUGUCAAGACUGUUCCCGUUCAAAAGAGGAUUGUGCCAUGCAUAUUGGGCACCAAAUUUUUGGGCGUUGUACAAUUUUGGAGAUAAAGUUUUACAAUAUGUAUUACCGAUAUUUGGAAUAUCAGUGUCAUCGAGCGAGGCGUCCAUGACGGGCGGUCUAGUGCAGGAAUACGACCAUGUAGUCCUGCCAUCCAUAACGCCAACUGUCACAUUUAUAUUAACUCUAUUAUCUAUGGUUCCUGCUCUAAUUAAGUUGUGGAAUCUAUGUGCGGAUAAGAAAUAUAGAGCUAUGAGUUUUAUAAGAUGUAUUACAGUAUGUGCAACUUGUUCAUUUAUGUUCGGUUGGCAUGUCCAUGAGAAAGCCAUAUUGAUGAUUCUAAUACCACUAAGUUUCUUAGCAGUAUUGGGAGAUGUCGACGGGAGAUUAUUCUUGUUUCUGUCUACAGUCGGGAAUUAUUCUCUCUUCCCAUUACUUUAUCCUAAAAGCCUAAUAGGAAUUAAGUUGUUUUUACUGUUAACACAUUGUGCUAUUGCUUUUGGAAAUUUACCUGCGUUGUACGUAGUUCCCAAAGUGAAAGGUACCAAAAGAAUUCGAAAACUUCGUUUACCAAUGUUGAGUAGAAUUGAAUGUUUGUAUAUAUACAAUUUGAUAGGUUUAUGGGUUUAUGAAAAUGCGAUCCACUUUAUAUUGGGCCUGGACAAACGGUUACCGUUUUUACCUUUAAUGUUUACAUCUGUUUAUUGUGCGUUAGGUGUUUUAUAUUUUUGGAUUCGAUAUUAUUAUUAUUUUUUAACGUUCAACUUAAGUAUGGUUCCUAUACAAAGUGUGGAAAGUACGCCACAACACAAUAAAAAGAUUAAAUAA